AAAGCCGCUUUAUCAUGCCCCCACGAGGCCACGAUCGUCUCGCACCCGCGGUCGCCGUCACAGUGCCAGCCACUGCCUGGCCUCGGCAGGCAGGCAUUUCAUUUGCCCGGAGAAUGGCUACAAAUAUCCCCCCAAAACCGAGAGACCGUAGCAUUUCCCUCCUCGUGCACCAAGGAUCACCAGCAAGGUCAAGAAACCAAACGAGGUUCCGUGGUGUUCUCGGCGGAGCUCUUUGGCUUCCGUUGGUGAGCUGCGCCGCCACUUCGUCCUGCUGAGCAUUUCGUCGAGCAGCUGGUCGGCGGCCACGGGCAGAGCAGGAACAUUUCCAUCGCCUGCGUUCCUCUCCUGCUUCUUCUCCUGGUUCCUCGGUGCGAUCUCGGCCUCUAAAUUCCUUCUUUUGGGUGGAAACAGAUGUCGUCUAGAUCGAGAACACAGUAUCCGUGUUAGCUUCUGGUUCUGGAGGUCAAGAAGCCACUUGUGCUUUCUUGCUUUGUGGUUUGUGCAGAUGGGCUGCACUGCUGCUCACCUUGCUGCCCUGCUGCUCUGUGUCUCCAUUAUUGCCGGCGGUGCCAUAGCUGGUAGACAGAAUGGCACCAAUGGCGUGUCGAGGCCGGCUGAGGUGCGCAUCGGUGCGCUCUUCACAUUUGAUUCGGUCAUCGGGAGGGCAGUGAAGCCGGCUAUCGAGCUCGCUGUUGCGGAUGUCAAUGCUGAUCCAACCCUACUCCCCGGGACAAAACUGAGUCUUCUUAUGCAGGACACCAAUUGCAGUUGCUUUGUUGGAACCAUUGAAGCAUUGCAGCUUCUGGCCAAGGAUGUCAUCGCUGUAUUAGGUCCACAAUCAUCCGCAAUUGCUCACAUCAUUUCUCAUGCUGCUAACAAACUCCAAGUCCCACUUAUCUCUUUCGCAGCCUCCGAUCCUACCCUUUCUUCCCUUGAAUACCCUUACUUUGUGAGGGCUACACAAAGUGAUUACUACCAAAUGUCUGCUGUGGCUAGUAUCAUCAGUCAGUAUCAAUGGAGAGAAGUCAUCGCCAUCUAUGUUGAUGAUGACUAUGGCAGAGGCGGCAUCACGGCAUUAGGUGAUGCCCUUGCAAAAAAUAUGGCCAAGAUAGCCUACAAAGCAAAACUGCCACCUCAUGCUGGAAGGACUGCAAUCCAGGAUGUCUUGAUGCAAGUGAAUGAAAUGGAGUCCCGUGUCUAUGUUGUCCAUGUGAACCCUGACUCUGGGAUGACAGUUUUCUCCGCCGCAAAAUCUUUAGGGAUGAUGAAUAGCGGCUAUGUAUGGAUAGCAACAGACUGGCUUUCUGCAGUGAUAGAUUCACCUGCGCAUGUUGAUUCUGAUGCGACAGAACAUACGCAGGGGGUUAUUACUCUCCGGCAACAUGUUGCUGACUCUGGCAUUCAGCAGUCCUUGCUGCCCAAACUGAACAAUCUGACUAGGAAAGGAACCCGUUCGAGCUUCAGUUCUUACACUGCACAUGCUUAUGACUCCGUAUGGUUAGUUGCUCAUGCAGUUGAGCAGUUUCUGAGUGCAGGGAAUGCAGUAUCCUUUUCUGCAAACCAAAAUUUGCAAGCUAUAAAAGGAAGUAGCCUUCAGUUAGAUUCUCUCAGAAUUCUCAACAAUGGAGAUAAAUUACUGGAGAAAGUGUUGCAGGCAAAUUUCACAGGGGUUUCAGGCCAAGUACAAUUUACUUUGGACGGGAAUUUGAUCCAUCCAGCUUAUGACAUCCUGAAUAUCGGUGGUACUGGUUUCAGAACCAUUGGGCAUUGGUCAAACUUUUCUGGUCUCUCAGUUGCUGCUCCAGAAGACUUGCAUUCAGUAUCACUGGACUCUACAACCAAUGAUAUGCAGCUCCAUGAUGUUAUCUGGCCUGGUCAGACUGCUGAGAAACCCCGUGGUUGGGUGUUUCCGUACCAUGGGAAGCUUUUAAGGAUCGGUGUUCCUCUGCGUACAAGCUACAAUGAGUUCGUGAUGCAAGACGAUGGGCCUGAUGGGGUAAAGGGGUUUUCAGUUGAUGUUUUCAAAUCUGCGAUAAGCUUGUUGCCUUACCCUGUGGGAUGCAGUUUUGUUUUAUUUGGAGAUGGUUUGAAAAAUCCGAGCUACAGUGACCUUGUACAAAAGGUGUCCGAAAAUUACUUUGAUGCUGCCAUAGGGGACAUCUCUAUUGUGACAAAUAGAACAAGACUUGUUGAUUUUACUCAGCCAUAUACAGAAUCAGGUCUCAUUAUUGUAGCUCCAGCAAGGGAGAUUGGAUCAAACGCUUGGGCUUUUCUGAAACCAUUCACCUUUCAGAUGUGGUGUGUUCUAGGUUUGCUCUUCCUCUUUGUGGGUACAGUUGUUUGGAUCCUUGAACACCGCACUAAUACUGAGUUCCGCGGAACCCCAAGGCAACAAAUUAUGACAGUAUGCUGGUUUAGCUUUUCAACCAUGUUUUUCGCACACAGAGAGAACACUUCUAGCGCACUUGGCAGAUUUGUGCUCCUUGUGUGGCUCUUUGUUGUGCUCAUUAUUAACUCAAGCUACACGGCAAGCUUGACAUCACUUCUCACAGUUCAGGAGUUAACAUCGGGGAUAAAAGGUCUUGACAGUUUGAUCUCUAGUUCAAGCGCAAUUGGUUAUCAAGUUGGAUCGUUUGCCAGAAAUUAUCUUGUGGAGGAGCUCAAUAUCGCGGAUUCCCGUCUGGUGCCACUAAACAGCCCAUCUGAUUACGCAAGAGCACUAGAGCUAGGGUCUGGAAAUGGUGGUGUUGCUGCAAUAAUCGAUGAGCUGCCAUACGUUGAGAUCUUCUUGUCAAAGUACUGUAAAUUCAAGACGGUCGGUCAGGUUUUCACAAAAGGUGGAUGGGGAUUUGCAUUUCCAAGAGACUCUCCUCUUGCCGAGGACUUGUCGACAGCAAUCCUUACACUAUCAGAGAACGGCGACCUCCAAAGGAUCCAUGAUGAAUGGUUAAGCGGGAAGAAAGGAUGUGAGUCAGAUGAUAGUGAGCUCGGUUCAAACUCCUUGAACCUGUCAAGCUUCUGGGGCCUGUUUGUGGUGUGUGGCCUUGCAUGUGCCAUUGCUCUCCUGAUUUUCUUCUGGCGAAUAUUGUUUCAGUACAGCAAGUAUAAUAACCAGGUUGAGGUUGAAGCGGCGAUUGUGAACCGGCCAGCGAGGCUAACCAGCAUCAAAUCGCUAAUCUCUUUUGUUGACAAGAGGGAGGAGGAGGUGAAGAAUGCUCUCAAGAAAAAGCCUAAUGGCUCUCAGCAGGCAAGAAUCGGCACUACAGAAGAAGCAUCUACAUUGCCGCUGUAAGACUUACGUACAUCGCUGCUGCAUGACUAACAUAGUCAGAAAGAACAACGCGCGGCCCUCCUGCAGUUGAAGUGGCAGAUUCCGAAACCACGGGUGGCGAUGGACCGACGACGCUGUUUUCUUGUGUUCCGUUUGCUCUGGCUGUGGAAACCUUGCAGCGUCCAGAGCAGCUGAAGUAGAGUAUUUUCACUGAAACAUGUUGCCAACUUGUUGAUGGGAGAAGUAGCAGCAUUCGGUUGUGGUAUGUAAAUCUGAAGUAAGCUCUCCAGAUUGUAGCUACAAAUUUUUUCUGUCAGAGUGCGCUUUUCUUUUUGAAAUUAGAAGUAACCUCUUGUGUUCCAAGUUGUUGUAGCUACAAUCAAUCUGAAGCAUGUUCUGAAUAAGCCGAGGAGUCUGAAUCCUUGUUUGGUGU